GCCGCGACAGUCGGGCAACGCCGGGCGGGCGGCAGCCGGCGAGGAGCGGGAUCCGGGAUGGCGCGCAGCGGGCGGGCGCUCGGCAGGGCGCUGACGGGGAGGCUCGCCGCCGCGCCGCCGCCCCGAGCGGCUGCUGUCAGGCACUUGGCUUCUUGUGGUAUUCUGAUGACCAGAAUUUCUCCUCUGCAAGUGCCUGUGCUGAGCCAUACCUUUUCAAGAAGUUUCUUCAACAUUGCUGCACCACUAGUAAAUAAAAGAAAAGAAUACUCUGAAAGGAGAAUUAUAGGCUAUUCUAUGCAGGAAAUGUACGAAGUUGUUGCUGUUGUGGAGAACUACAAGCUAUUUGUGCCUUGGUGUAAAAAGUCAGACGUGUUAUCGAAGCGCUCUGGGUACUGCAAAGCACAGCUAGAAAUAGGCUUCCCUCCUGUAGUAGAACGGUACACAUCGGUUGUUACCCUGGUGAGACCACACUUAGUGAAGGCAUCCUGCACUGAUGGAAAGCUAUUUAAUCACUUGGAAACAGUCUGGCGCUUCAGCCCAGGUAUCCCUGCCUAUCCAAGGACAUGUACAUUGGAUUUUGCAAUCUCUUUUGAAUUUCGUUCACUUCUACACUCGCAACUUGCUACACUGUUCUUUGAUGAAGUGGUAAAGCAGAUGGUUGCUGCCUUUGAAAGAAGAGCAUCCAAGCUCCACGGCCCUGAAACAAGCAUACCUCGGGAACUCAUGUUUCACGAAGUUCAUCAAACAUAAUGGGGAAAACUUCAGCACCCUCCACCAUAAACAUUUUUUGUACACCAUUUGUAGAAGUGGUAUUACGCUCCUUUUGGGGCACCUAUUUCAUUUCAUACCUGAGCUUUGUGUGUAAUUUUCUACUGUACAAAACACGCACAUGUUCAGCUGAAUGUAUGUAUUCUAUUCAAGCUGC